AUGAUUACCUCUGAAUUGCAUAUAAAUGUAGUAAUUUUGGUUCUUUGCAUCUUAAAAGUCAACACCCUGGAUACUUUUAUUGCAGCAGUUUAUGAGCAUGCAGUGAUAAUGCCCAAAGACACUCUCAGACCAGUAUCCCAGGAAGAGGCAUUGGCAUUAAUGAACCAAAAUCUAGAUAUCUUGGAGGCAGCAAUCAUCUCUGCAGCCACUCAGGGAGCGAAGAUUAUUGUGACACCAGAGGAUGCCAUUUAUGGUACAAAAUUCAACAGGGAAUCCCUCUAUCCAUAUUUGGAGGAUAUUCCUGAUCCUCAAGUGAACUGGAUCCCCUGUACUAAUCCUAACAGAUUUGGUCAUACUCCAGUUCAAGAAAGACUCAGUUGCCUUGCCAAGGAAAAUUCUAUCUAUGUUGUAGCCAAUAUUGGUGACAAGAAAGCAUGUAAUGCGAAUGAUUCUCAGUGCCCUCCUGAUAAUCGUUACCAAUACAACACUGAUGUGGUAUUUGAUUCUCAGGGUAAGCUGGUGGCACGCUACCAUAAGCAAAAUCUUUUCAUGGGUGAAGAUCAAUUCGAUAUACCCAAGGAAACUGAAAUUGUGACAUUCAACACCUCCUUUGGAAAGUUUGGUAUUUUCACGUGCUUCGAUAUUCUCUUUCAUGAUCCUGCUGUUACUCUGGUAAAAGAUCAUCAUGUGGACACUAUUCUCUUCCCAACGGCUUGGAUGAAUGUUUUGCCACAUUUGACAGCUAUUGAGUUUCACUCAGCUUGGGCAAUGGGCAUGGGGGUCAAUUUUCUUGCCUCCAAUUUACAUAAUUCCUCUAGGAAAAUGACAGGAAGUGGCAUCUAUGCACCUGAUUCUCCCAAAGAAUUUCAUUAUGAUAUGAAAACAAAUGAGGGAAAACUCAUCUUGGCCCAACUGGAUUCCCACCCAUCCCACCAAGUAGUGAAUUGGUCUUCCUAUGUCAACAGUGUAAAAGUGCUUUCAACAGGAAAUGGAAAUUUCCAGGGCACUAUCUUUUUCGAUGAAUUCACUUUUGUGGAACUUACAGAAAUAACAGGAAAUUAUACAGUUUGUCAGAAAGAUCUCUGUUGUCUUCUCAGCUACAAGAUGUUUGAGAAGAGAUCAGAUGAAGUUUAUGCUCUAGGGGCAUUUGAUGGACUACAUACUGUGGAAGGGUGCUAUUAUUUACAGGUUUGUACUUUGCUGAAGUGUAAAACAACAAACUUGCAUUCUUGCGGCAGUCCUGUGGAAACUGCUUCCACCAGAUUUGAAAUGUUCUCCCUCAGUGGUACUUUCAGAACUCAGUAUGUCUUCCCUGAGGUGUUACUCAGUGAAAUUCAGCUUGCACCUGGAGAAUUUCAGGUGUCACCUGAUGGACGCAUAUUUAGUCUGAAACCACCUUCUAGACCUCUGCUAACAGUGACAUUGUUUGGGAGGUUGUACGAGAGGGAUGGAAGUGAGACAUUCUGCACCUCAAACACAAUUGUGAUGCAUCUUUUGGUUAAAAUUAUAUUACCUCUAAUUAUUCAGAGUAUAUACAUUUAUACAAACAUUAAUCUUAAUUAUACAUAUUAA